GUCAAAGUGUGAUUGCUGCGCCAAACAUAGGUCAAAUUAUUUUGAUCUCUGCCAUGGCCUUGGUAUCUGGAUAUUCCUCCAACGAAGAUGAACACGAGCCUAUCUCAAGUAAUCCUUUUGGGAUUGCAAAGUCUGCUACCAAUUCUGCGAAGCGUAUGAAACUGGAUGGUCCUUCAUUAAGUGUAGUGGCUGCACCAGACGUGUUAUCAGAGGAUCCAGUAAACCAGUCCUCGUUGGUCGCUCGCCCAACGGAUUCACAAAUGCUGGUCAACAUACCACAUGAAGACAUGCUCAAACCUAUACUCGGUCCAGAGAAUCCUUUCGCAGAAAGAAAGGCCAUUCAGAAUCAAAACUUGCUAUCUGGUCAUGUGGAGGAAUUGGCGAUGGACGAGCAAGCGUUUAGACAACAGCAUUUGACCCAUGCCAUUCUUGGCUAUUCAGCGAACCCGUCAGAAGACCCCAAUGCGAAGGCUUUUGUAGGUUCGGUAGAAGCCGCUGAAAAGAAUAAUUUUGCCACAUUAGACACCUUACGGCCGUCCAAGGCUGCUAGAAAAGACAAGAAGCGCAAGCGCGAGGAUCGAGGUGACUUGGAAGUCGUAGAGGGCGAUGGUGCAUAUGUAGGACCAUGGGGUAAAUGGGAAGGUGAUGAUGAAGCUCCUCAACUGCCUGAAGGAUGGGAUGAAUAUGCAGAGCCGGAGCUGGAACCAGAACCCACUGCCAUCGCCCCGAGUGGAUCUAAAAAGAGGGUUCCCAAAGUUGGACCGGGAAACGAAUCGACCAUAUUCCACGGCAAAUCGCUCACCGACUAUCAAGGCCGUACAUAUAUUUAUCCACCUUACUCGGUUGCGCCACAACUAUCUCAGGAGGCUGGUUCUCAAGAGACGUUCAUUCCAAAAGUUUGUAUUCAUACAUGGACAGGACACACAGCAGGAGUUUCCGUCAUUAGACUCUUUCCCAAUACGUCGCACCUUUUACUUAGUGGCAGCAUGGAUAACAAAGUCAAGCUAUGGGAUGUAUACAAUGAAGGUAACUGUCUGCGAACAUUCCUGGGCCAUGGUAGAGCAGUCAAGGAUGUCACCUUUUCGAACGAUGGCCGACGGUUCCUGAGUUGUGGGUUCGACAGAUAUAUAAAACUGUGGGACACCGAGACUGGAAAAUGUUUGAAAAACUUUUCCAAUGGAAAGAUGGCCCAUGUCUUGCGAUUCCAUCCCGAUGAAGACAAGCAAAACAUUUUCUUGGCUGGAAUGACAGACAAGAAAAUUAUACAAUACGAUAUUGACUCGGGAGAGAUAACACAAGAAUACGAUCAACACUUGGGUCCCGUCAAUACCAUCACCUUUGUUGACGAGAAUCGAAGAUUUGUGACAACAUCCGAUGACAAGACCAUUCGCGCAUGGGACUUUGAUAUUCCCGUCGUUAUAAAAUAUAUCGCAGAGCCUUACAUGCAUUCCAUGCCCGCUGUAACCCUUCACCCCAACAGUAUGUUUUCAUCGUACGGUCCCGACAUGGUACUUACCCAUCGCUACAGAAAAAGUAUUUGCCGCGCAAUCAUUGGACAAUCAAAUCCUGAUCUACAACGCCGACAAUUUCCGCCAAAACCGGAAAAAGCGGUUCGCUGGCCACUCUGUCGCAGG